UUCAUCACCUUGUAUUCUAUUCCUUUUUCAGAUUUCUUCUCACUCCCCUCUACACAGAUUGGCACACAAUCGUGUCUUAUGGACACCGAGGACACACAACAACUACAACAGCAACAGCAGCAACCACAGGUAGAUGUCAAUAUGGACGCUGCAAAUCUCACCAAUCAAACAAUCAACAAUGCGACAAGUAAUAUACACUUUAUCACACAACAACAACAACAACAGCACGCUGAGCAACAGCAACAACAGCAAGUAAUAAAUACUGCACAAUCACCUCCAGUAGUUGUAUAUCAGCAACAACAUAAUUAUCAAGGUCACUUGCAUCGCGCCAAUCGGGAUGUUAGUCGCUGCUUGUUGUCGCACAUGAUUUAACUUAAAACAGAAGCUAGAGAAAAAAGCAAAAACCAAAAAAAAAAA